CUGGCCCUCGACUGGUGCGAUGGCUCUCCCGCCGAGGCGUUGGCACGGCGCAGCUUCGACCUGCACGCCGAGCUUGCUCAGCGGAUCGACGACGAAUGGGGAUACCGCCGCCUCGAUACGCUCGGUGUCGUGACCAGCGCGCGCCGCGAUGUGGGCUUCUACCGCAAGUUGGCGGCGCCCGAUUGGCUUGCGGGCGACGCGGCGGUGCAUGCCCGUCUUGGCACCGCCGAGACCACGGCCCAGGUAAACCCCGCCGCCUUCACCGGCGCCGUGAUGCGGGCGGCGCUCGCCGCGGGUGCUCGGUUGACGAUCGGCACCGUCACCGGCCUGGUGCAAGGCGCCGACGGUGCCGUGCAAGGCGUCAUGGUGGACGGGCAGGAGAUCGCCGGCGAUGCGGUCGUCAUCGCCAUGGGCCCGUGGUCGGCUCUAGCCAGCCAAUGGCUGCCCCUGCCGGCGGUCUAUGGCUUGAAGGGCCACAGCCUGGUCUUCCGCUAUGCGCCGACGCCGGUGCCCCACGCGCUCUUCGUGGAGCUCGAGACCGAGGCCGGCACCCUCGCGUCGCCGGAAGUGUUUCCCCGGCCCGACGGCACGACCUACGUCUGCGGCCUCUCCAGCGAGGCGCCGCUGCCGGUGGACCCCGCCGCCGUGGUGCCGGACGAGGGCGGCGCGGCCCGGCUCCGCGCCAUGACGGCGCAAUUCGCGCCGGCUCUGGGCGGUGCCGAGGUGCUGGCCGAGCAGGCCUGCUACCGCCCCGUCGCAGAAGACGGGCUGCCGCUCAUCGGUGCCGUCCCCGGCGCGAGGGUGCCUAUGUGGCGACGGGCCACUCUGUGUGGGGAUGCUGAACGGCCCGGCUACGGGCGAGGCGGUCGCGGAGUUGAUCGCCGACGGAGCGGCCAAGACCGUGGACCUCGCGCCCUUCGAUCCGGCACGGCUCGCGCCGCUCGCGGCGGGUGCCGUGCGGGUGGAGGUUUAGCUCCCAAAUCUCACCAAAGUCGUGAUCUCCCGGGAUCGUGCGAAUGCCACGCGCGUUGA